AUGACAUUAAACACACCGACUGAUGCAUCUCAUACUAAAGAGAAUGACUUGAAAAGACGAAAAGUGCGCAAAGGAACGACAAGUUGCUGGGAAUGCAAACGCCGCAAGAAGCGAUGCGAGUUCGGACUAGAAUCCACCUCCAUUUGUCACCACUGUCAGCGUUUUGGCCUCACAUGCAUUAGCCAAGAGUUCGCUGACCCCGAUGCCAAUCAAAAUGGCCAGCUUGGUCAGCGUAUUGAUCAAGUAGAGGCUCUAGUACAUCGUCUGGUCGAGGAAAGGAAAGGCCACUUGGAAUUGAUUCCAAGCACAGUGCUACAACAAAGGAACCCCGGGAACUUGCCGACAUUACGAUCAGUGAACCAUGAAAGACUCUCCCGAGGACGUUCUCUCACUGGAUUCUUAUUUUCAAUAUUCCCAGAUCAGGCUACGGCUUCCAUCAUUCUAAGCAGCAAAAAGCUAUUCGCGUCUCCUCUUCAAUUGGCUCAGAAAUUAAAGGACGAUCCGAUGAGUAUCACAAUAAUGGAUCAGGGCUAUUUUCAGCCCGCGUCAAACGAGCAUCCAAUUAUGUUUGCACAGAUGCUUAUCAAGCUCGCCAUUUGCUUAAAGCAAUUUGGGCCUUCGUCGUCUAAACAACUCACACGACGGAUGAAUGAGCCCCUCGACAAAGUUGCGAAGCGAUACGUGGACUCUGCAUCCCACUUUGUCAUUUCGCAAGAUUAUUUAGUUGGGUCACUUGACGGCCUAGAAACUAUGAUACUUCAAUCGUGUUAUUAUGCUACGAGCGGUGACUACCGGAGUGCAUGGGAGAUUCAACGUCGCGCGGCAGCGAUCGCGCAGACUAUUGGUCUUCCAAAUUUGGCAGAAGAGUCUGGUGGUCGGGCAGAGCGUCUUUGGUUUCAAAUUACGUACAGCGACCGAUUUUUAUCACUCAUUCUCGGUGUUCCGUUCUCAGUUGCCAAUAAUUCUUUCGCUAGCGCAGCUCGACUAUCUGCUAGCUCUCCGAUGGAGAGAUUAGAGCGCAUACACACUCUUGUGGCUGGCCGCAUAAUUGUCAGAAAUGUUCGCAUGCAGCGCAUUACCGGACUUCAGGAACCUGAGACACAAUUUUAUGGGCAUUACAAAGAAACUAAAUCCAUUGACAGCCAGCUGAAGAAGGCAACACGAAUCCUACCAACGAAUUGGUGGCUAGUUCCAUCUUUGGACGAUGUUUGCGAUCAUCAGACCCCAGAAACAGCCCCCAGAGUUCUAGCGCAAAUGCACCAGUACUAUUUGCUAGUCCUUUCACAUCAGCCCUAUCUGAUUUAUAAUCAAUUCACAGCGCUUGUUCAAGCCGAUUACAAUUAUAGCAAGGUAGCUGCGGCAUCGGCGAGUCGUGAAGUAUUGAUACGGUAUCUUCGAAUUCGCAAUUGCCGUCGAUCACCCUCAUAUAGAGGACUUGAUGAAAAGGCUUUUCUCUGCUGCGUCGUGCUGAUAUUUGCUCACUUUCUUUGUCAUGGUAAUGACGAUGCGGAUUUUCUUGAUCAUAUGCGAGCCUAUGAUCUUGCGACAAUUGAAAUGGUUCUUAAUCUUUGGCGUGAGAUCUCAACUACACUGGAAGAUCCUCAAUGUGAUUUUCACACAAGCAAAGUCAGAAGGUUUAUGGAAAUUGAAGAAGAUGCAGCGAACGGGGGUUACUAUAGUACAUGCACCGAGGGCGAGACCAGUUCAGGGUCUAUAAAAGAUAUAACAGAUAGCCCGCUUGAGUUUCGACUGUCUUUUCCAUAUUUCGGUGUUGUUUCGAUCUCGUCGCGAGCACCUCAAAGGCCGGACGCAGAAUAUCAAUCCAGUGCAGGGGAAGGGUUAUUGGAAAAAUAUCCAGAAGAGCAGACUUUAAAUUUUGAUGAUUCACAAUUUCAGCCGUCUACCUGGCCGACAACCUGGGAAUUGGGGUCCCCGGGAGUUGAUAUGACAUGGCUUGACAAUUGGAUACACGUUGAACCAGAUGAUGACAGAGGUCAUAGCUGA